CCGCGUCCCAGAUAACAACCCAACGCGCGCCCAUCGCGAACCGCAGCCGAUGCUUUGCGAUGGCCCAUUUCGUCUCUGAGUUCGUAAUUACGCCCGUGCUCCGACAGGCCCGCCGUUUCUCGGCGGGAUUUGCCGCCAACGAAGACGAAGACGCCGCGAACAGACCACCCGCUGUCGGACGCCGGAGGACGAGGUCGACGGGGGCCGCCGGCCCUGCUGGGAGCGCAAUCUUGGAACAGGACGAGCAUACGAGGCUGCCAACCGAGCAUGCGGCGGUGUUGGACUUUUCAGAUACCGCCGAAGCGCCCGCGACGGGCCCCGCCCAAGAGGCGUCUUCUCAGGUCGCAGGGUCGUUGCGAAGAAGUUCGGACGGCGUCCGCAGCGAAGCCGAGAACCUCAACAUAGCUGGAUCACACUCCGACGCCCCUCCAUCCGCGAAUACAGUGACAGACGCUACCGGCACAUCUCCGCGAUGGCCGCCGUUCGACGCGGCCAGGAGCUCUCCGCUCCCCGAAGAUGACGGCAUGGGGGAACUCCGCCGGAAGAUACAGGCCAUUCAGUUGAUGGAUGUCCCGCAGACCAGCAAGGCCCGGAUGAUGCACCAGCUGUUGACGGAGAAGUACACCAGGUCGCAGCAGUCCCCGCGGCGUGCCCAGGCUGCCGUAAGACCGGUAUCGCCCGCAAGCUCGAGCACCCUCGACGCGCCCGAGCCGUCGGAACCGUUCGGACCCCUGCAGGCCUUCCGGAAGUGGAACCCGCUCGGAGACGGAUCGGGGCCCGUAAAUCUGCCGCUGACGGAAGAGGAUCUCCGGCCGACGUAUGCGCCGAACAGGCGGCCCUCUGACGAUACCGAGUGGUAUCUCGAGGAGGACCCCGAGGAAGAGCGGGAGAGGCGCCUGGGCUGCGAGCACUACCGCCGCAAUGUCAAGAUGCAGUGCGCCUCGUGCGAGAGGUGGUACACUUGCCGGCUCUGUCACGAUGCCGUCGAGGACCACGUCCUCCCGCGCCAGCAGACCAAACACAUGCUGUGCAUGCUGUGCGGGUGCGCCCAGAAGGUGGCGGAUACAUGCACCAAAUGCGGCCGGUCGGCGGCCUACUAUUACUGCGGCAUCUGCAAGCUCUGGAACGACGACCCGAACAAGCCCAUCUACCACUGCCCCGACUGCGAUCUGUGCCGGGUUGGCCAGGGGCUGGGAAAGGACUUCUUCCACUGCAAAAAAUGCAUGGCCUGCAUCGCCAUUUCCGGCACGGGCAAACACAAGUGCAUCGAGCGGUCGACCGACUGCGACUGCCCGAUCUGCAACGAGUACAUGUUCAACUCGCCCAAGCCCGUCAUCUUCAUGCAGUGCGGCCACAGCAUCCACCGGCACUGCUUCGAGGAGCAUAUGAAGACGUCGUACAAGUGCCCGCUGUGCAACAAGAGCUGCAUCAAUAUGGAGUACCAGUUCCGCAACUUCGACAUAGCCAUCCUCAACCAGCCCAUGCCGCCCGAGUACGCCGACGCGCGCGCCGUCAUCUCGUGCAACGACUGCUCCGCCAAGAGCCAGACCGCCUUCCACUGGCUGGGCCUCAAGUGCGCCGUCUGCCGUUCCUACAACACCGUUCAGCUGCAGCUGCUGAACAUGCCGGGUGACCAAUCGUCCCAGCCCCAAUCUCAGCCCCAACCGCAACCGCAACCGCUCCAACAGCACCCUGAACAACAACAACAGCAACUCCAACAGCAACAGCAGCCCACCGCCCUCAACCCGGACCUCCCCCCAGACCAACCAGACCAACAACAACCACCCCGUCGCACCCAUCGCGGCCCGGAGCUGGACCGCGAGGACAUCACCGACCCCGCCCCCGCCCCCGCCCUGCCCUCCACGUCCCCCUCCUCCUCCUACUCGCCCGCCUUCCUCUUCCGCCUGCUCUACCGCACCGCCGCGCCAUCGUCCGCCGCCCCUGCCCCUUCACCCCGCACCCGAGGUGGGGAAGGGGAUGGCGGUGACUGGGCUGCGGCUGCGCCGAUUUCGCCUCGCGGUGGGGUCCGGGGUGGUGGUCGCGGCCGCGGCAGUGGUAGUGGUGGUUCUGUGUGCUCCGAUGAGGAAGAAGCGGAAGCGCAUUGGGAGGAGGAGGAGGAUGGGGAUGAGGAUAUGCUGGACUUGUUUGGAGGGAGGGAUCGGACUUUCGAGUGGAUGACGGGGUUCAUGUCGUCGACGGAGAGCGCGGUGGGGGGUGAUGAUGAUGAGGAUGAGGAGGAGGAAGAGGAGGAUGACGAAGCGGAGGGUAGUGAAGGGGAGGAAGGGGACGAUGAGGAUGAGGAUGAGGAGGAUGAUAUCUUGCUUCUGGGCCACCGGUAGUUGGUUGUUGAGUGGUGGUUUGCUCGGGUGGAAGAGGGAGUGCUGGGUUGGCUGGCCCCGGCAAGAGGUUGGUAUGGAGGCGUUGGGAAAAUAACAUGUGUGUUAUUGCAAUAGGCU